AUUUUUAAAAUUUAUAAAUAUAUGACAAUACCAUAGCCGUCCAUUUUCCAUACCACUUAUCAUACACCGGGUCGCACGGGGGAGCCUGGAGACUUUCCCAGCAAAUUCGAGGCAAAAGGCAGGGGGUACCAACCCAUCGCAGUGCGAAGUAACACACUAUGGACAAUUUGGAAAUGCCAAUCAGCCUAUAGCACAUUUUUGGACUGGUGGAGGAAACCGGAGCACCUGGAGGAUAUCCCCAAAGCACGAGGAGAACAUGCAAACUUCACACACAGGUCAGAGAUGGGAUUUGAACCCCCAACCCCGGAUGUGUGAGACAAAUGUGUUAACCACUAAGCCAUUAUGCCUCAUACAUAAUAUUACAAAAGAGAACCAUCCAGAUUAUUCUACAGUGAUGGGAGUGAGCAAUUCCUUGCCUGAUUAGCUUUAGUGAAUCUGACGAUGAAUCAUUAACUACACUUCUAAUCUUCUCGGGUUAAGUCAGAGCGGUGAUCUGCGUGGCUUAAGUUUGCUUACAGUUUAGCAUCGACUAAGACGUGAUCGGUGUUUGAAGUUGCGUUAUGACUGUGAGGUUUUUGUCACUUCGGACGCUGGCAUUUGCUGAGGUAGCUUAAUGGCAGAAUGUUCCAGAAGGCUACAUGCAGCAACGUUUACAGACAUCACUGAAUGAGUUCUGGUCUAUGUAUCUAAACAAUGAGCUACCUGGUCCACACGGCCCACUGGCAGUUCUUUGGUUUGGUGCUGUCAGUAGUAGGAUUCAUCCUGACAGUUGCCACAAGUGGAGUGGAUGACUGGAGAGUGUGGUAUGUAGACGACAAGUCUAUCAUCACCUCUGGCAUGGCCUGGAUCGGCACCUGGAGGGCUUGUUUUUAUAGCAACGUCCUCGAAACGGCUAAGUUUUGCCGAAGGAUAAACAUCAGAGACUCGUUCGUUCCUCCAGAGAUUGCUGCGGCACAGGUGCUGUGUAUGAUGGCCAUCCCUGUGGGAAUCGCUGCAAACCUGGUUGCAGGAUACGCCGUGAGACUUGCCUACUUCAACAUCGAUGGCGGGCACGUCAGACUUUUCUUCUCCUCGGCAGGUGCUUUGAAUUUCCUCACCUCGACGUGCUCGCUAAUUCCUGUUUGUUGGAACACGAGGUCAGUGCUGGAGAAUCGUACAAUCGAUUUCCCGCCAGAGUUUCUUCUACCUCCGGCACCGUAUAAACAGGAGCUUGGCCUGGGCAUCACAACAGGAAUUGGCUCUUCUGUUUUGCUCAUUAUAAGUGGGCUGCUCUUCCUGGCCUACAGCCAAACACGUCAAUCUAAAUCUAGCAAACACGGCACGGGAGGAACUGAGGGGAAAAACCGAGGAGACACAAACCUCAGUACUGCUGCUCUGGACACUAAUAGUAUGAGAAAAGGGACAGAUAACUUAGCAUUAAAGCUAGAGGACAAGCUGUAGUGUAGAUUUCUGGACAUUUAGGAAAUAAUCUGUGCCAUCUAGUCUCCUCUGAGUCAAUUCAAAUCCAUGGAAUGUACUGCUGUUUUAACAUGUUUACCUUACACUUCCCAACCAAUCAGAUUUCACUCCACCCUGUCGCAUGGUUAUAUGCCAUUAGAUAUCAGAUGUGCUCUUUACCUUUCAACAGCUCCCACUUCUGUUCAUGGUUUAUCCUAUACACUAUGUACACUAAUAUACACUAAACAGGAUUAUGAAUUAGAUAUGCAAUGCACACUAAGGAAAUUCAGCAUUUCUUGCAUCCGAUUUAUGUUAUUAAUCCACUUCUUUGAGCAUUUUGUUUUGUCUAUGAAGUUGACAAGUGAGGCUUUUAGCACUUUCAGGGGCUGCUACUGUGUUGCAAAAUUGUAGGAGGUGCCUUUACAGUUGUGUGCAGAGGUGCUUAGUUUAACAGGACUAAAUCAUCCUCUACGUUCUUUCCUAUGAGUGAUGUUGGUUGACCCAAAAUACAGUAACGGGUUAAUGAAAAUACACAAAGCAUGCUGGACUAAUUGUGUUUGACAGUGUGCAGUGAACAGAGCAUUGUGAAAAGGAUGUCUUUUAAAGGAUGCGUUUCGAAUAAGCAUUGAAUGAAAGUGUAUUAUACCACACCACAACGCUGCUGAAUUCUCUAAUCUGAUUGGUCACAAGGUGCUAAUUCUCUACAGCAGCUCACGCAGUAAUUCUAGCUGCAGGCCAAGUCACAGGUUUGUACAAUCGUUGGUGAAGUUUUCCAGUUUAUUUACCAUUUAAUUCAAUUCAAUUCAAUUUUAUUUGUAUAGCGCUUUUUACAAUAGACAUUGUCUCAAAGCAGCUUUACAGAAAUAUCAACAUGGUAUACAGAUAUUAAAGGUGUAGAAGAAGGUGUUGAAGGAGACUCCAGUGUCAGUGCUUUUUAACAUAACUCUAAGAGAGAGAGAAAGAGAGAAAAAAGAGAGAGAGGCUCAUAAAGAAAACUGUUUGUACCUUCUCUCACAUAAGUGUUAACAGUAAGUACGUCGAUUCACGGAUGUUCCAUAACAUUAAAUGUAACUAUAAACAGAUAAAAUGUAUUCUGUGUCAUCCUUUUAAUAAAUUAACAAUGGUCAUCGUUGGUCAGUUACUACGGUGUAAGAGGAAUAAAGCAUUUUGUGACUUGCUGUAAUUGGGAAAUAAUCGACUUUUGUGAUGGGAAGAGUGAAUCCGCGUAGUAUAGAGCCUCAUCCAGUCCUUCCAGGAUUUUGCGAUAGCAAAAAUGAACACAAAAUCAAGCAAACUCAGCAAUAUUCGGAGGAGCUUGCAAUUUUUCAAAAUUACCGCAGAUUUUCUGCAGAUUUGGACCAAGACACAUCAUGUGACGUCAUGACAAUGCGCAUUCAGCCAAAUCCCCCUUCGAUUCAUGUGCACCAAACAGUGAAAACGUCUCAUUUACCAACAAACAUCACUGCGAAAGACUGAGCAAAACAUUUCGUAGUGGUUUUCUACAACAAAAAAAAGCACAAAAACUCAAGCAUUUUUGACCACAAUAGUCACGGAUUGCUCAACAUACCACUCUACUGUUGAUUCUUUUUCUAUAAAAGCACACCAUAGUGUUUUAUCUCUCACUUAUCUCUCACUUAAUUAGGUGAGGAGCACAAGGUUUAUGUGAACAGCCAACAGAGCUAAGGUCAUGUAUUACACUUUGAUGGAAAUGUACUCUUACUCAUGGCAUGGCCAAAUGGUGAUAAUAAUAUUGAUGAUGCAAUACACGUUACACUGCUUCAGAUGGAAAUUUUGCUAGCUUUAAGACUUUCUAUAUCAUGUAUCAAUUUCAGAAAAGAUUUAUUUUGAUAUCUUUUUCAUACAAACACUAACAAAUGAAGGAAAUUACAGUAUAUUUGGUAAAAAAAAUU